AUGAUAAGAAACAGAGAUUCCAUAGUGAUUAGAGAGUUCGAUGCGAGUAAAGAUAGUAAGAGCGUCGAAGAUGUGGAGCGACGGUGCGAAGUCGGACCUAGCGGCAAGCUUUGUCUCUUCACCGACCUUUUAGGUGACCCAAUUUGCAGGGUCCGCAACUCCCCUGCUUUCCUCAUGCUGGUGGCGGCAACGGGCGAAGAGAACGAGAUAGUGGGGAUGAUUAGAGGGUGCAUCAAAACCGUUACAUGCGGUCAAAAACUCUCCCGCGCUCCUCCUAAUCCCAAAACCCACCACCAUCAUCACUCUACCAACCACCACCUCCCUGUUUUCACUAAACUCGCCUAUAUCCUUGGCCUUCGCGUCUCUCCUGCUCACCGACGGAUGGGAAUUGGGAUGAAGCUGGUGAAGAAAAUGGAGGAAUGGUUCAGAGAGAAUGGCGCUGAGUAUUCCUACAUAGCCACCGAAAAGGACAACGUAGCGUCGGUGAAUCUGUUCACUGAAAAAUGCGACUACUCUAAAUUCCGUACACCGGCCAUCCUUGUCAAUCCCGUCUUUGCUCAUCCACUCCCCGUCUCCCAACGGGUCACUCUCCUCCCACUUUCACGCGCCGACGCUGAGAUUCUCUAUCGCCGCCGUUUCUCAACCACUGAGUUUUUCCCCCGAGACAUUGACGCUAUCCUCAACAACGUACUCACUCUUGGCACCUUCCUCGCCUUUCCACGUGGCAUUUACACGCCUCAGACUUGGCCCGGGUCGGACCGGUUCUUGCUCGACCCACCCGAGUCCUGGGCGGUUCUCAGCGUCUGGAACUGCAAUGACGUGUUUAAGCUUCAAGUACGUGGAGCGUCACGCUUAAAGCGGAGUCUAGCCAGGACGACACGGGUGUUGGAUAGAGCAUUUCCGUGGCUCAGGCUGCCGUCGGUGCCGGAGCUUUUCAGACCGUUCGGGUUGCACUUCUUGUACGGGUUGGGCGGUGAAGGAUCCGAGGCUGGGAGGAUGGUGAAGGCGCUGUGUGGGUACGCACAUAACCUGGCGAAGGAGAGAGGUUGUGGGGUUGUCGCGACGGAGGUCUCGGCUAGAGAGCGGCUCAGAGGCGCCAUUCCACACUGGAAAAUGCUGUCGUGCGAGGAGGAUCUUUGGUGCAUCAAGCGCCUCGCCGAAGAUUUCAGCGACGGCUCCGUGGGUGACUGGACCAAAUCACCACCUGGCUUGUCCAUUUUCGUCGACCCCAGAGAAUUCUAAAUCCUAAUCUUCUUCUACUCUCCUUCCAUUUCCGCCACCGCCGCCACCACCACCGCCAUUGCCGUUUUUUUAUCCCUAAAAGUAAAGCUGUACUUGGUUUUGUUUUUGUUUUUGUUUCUUUUUGUUUUUUAAGGAUUAGAAAGGGCAGAUUUUGUGCGAAAAAGCCAAAUGGGGAAAGGGGAAGGAAAGUUGUAACGGAUCAUAGAUUAUGGCCUUUUGUUGUA